AAAUAUGCUAAAUAUGCUGAGCUGCACUGUGGACAGAGAGAGACUCCAGGAAACGAGACAAAGUCUGAUGGAAAAACUGCUCCCCAGAUCCCGCCUCCUGCUUCCCAGAGAUGUUGCACUGCUGCUGGUGGAAGAGAAAGCAGAGGAGGAAAGUUUUACCAAAGCACAACGGCCUGUUUGUAAAUCAGCCAUGACUGAAAACACAGUUACAUAUCAGCACAGUCACACUGCAAAAGAAAGGGUUGUGGACACAGUGAGUGAAACCUUACACAGCAGAGCAGAGGAAUACAGGAUGGCAGCCUCUGCCACUGGAGAACGGUUGUUUGUGUUUCGGGAUCCACCUGAAUCAUGUGACCGUGUUGAUGCCCCUAAAAGAAAAAAGAAAAGGAACUUCCUAAAUCUGAAGAAAGGCUCAGUGGCUCCAACAGACCUACCUUGAGACAUACAAAGAAUGUCUUUUGCAAGGUUUUUUUAUGAUAAUGGUAAUUUAUAAUGUGAUUAUACUAAAAUCUAAAAUAAAACAAUAGUUUGACUAUGUAGCAAAAAAUAAUCGGAAUGUAUGUAGCAUCUGGCUUUGUUUCUAAGUAAAGGCAGCUGAUGUUUUCAGUGGUGUUUUCCUGCUCCUCAAUUCAAAUUGUAAAUCAGUAGUAUGACUUGCAAGGUCAUUGAAAGGACCUGUGGUCUUCUUUUGAAUGCACAUCUUUUAAAUGGUGGGAAAAGUCCACUUAAGUACACACUCUUAAUAGAUUUACUUUACAAAUGAGUUCUGGAGAAUAACCCCACCCCCACCCCCCCUUCCUGUAGUAUUAGUGUGAACUCCUAAACAUUAGUGUCAAAUACUCUAUUGUUAUUCCUUUUCAAAACAAUAGAUAUUGAGUUUUUGUAUAAUCUCCUUACACUUGAGAUACACAGACACAUGAAACGUCCAACUUCAUAGUUAUCUCUUGUGCAGAUAACAGAUAAAAUGUACCCUUGGGUUCCCCUUGAUGGUCUUUUCUCACAUGUUGGCUCCCACUGAUAAUGAAUGGCUGUCAUCAAUGACCUGGUUUGGGGCUUAGACUGUAUGGGUUUGGGCAAUUUAUAAGCCAGAAAAUUGGGUUGGAAACUGUCCCAAAAUGUAAGGCCGUGCUGUCACCCGGAGAAGCUCAAUCAUUCCUGGUAUUUUCAGAGCGUGCAUGAACAGUGUUUGCUCUCCAAAACACAGCAGAGCCCCAAAUGUUUUCCUCAGCCUUGCUGCGCGUCUACGUCAUCGUCCAUCGUUUUUUUCCCACUCCACCACUCCAUCUUUAUAACUGCAGCAGGUCCUCCUCUUUACUGUACAAACACAGUUGACUGUCACAGCAGCUGAAAGCAGUCCUGAGCAGCCACAUCGGCGUAUGAUAUCCGACAUGAGGCCGGGACUCGCCGCUCUCGUGUGUUUCUUCAGCUUUGUGCGGCUGUCGGACUGCGCGCCUCCGACCUGCUACUCCAGAGCGCUCGGCCUGAGCAAAGAAAUCAUGGCUCUGCUGGACAAAAUACACACGUACCAUCGCACGAAAACGUGUGCUGAGGUUCUGCCUACGGUCUUCCUCGAUGUGCAUAACUCGUGCGUCACUGCCAAGCUCCGUGACCUUCUCUACGUGGUGCUGAACCAUCCUGACCAGUCCUGCAGAGAGCGUCCCAGGAUGGUGCUACUCAAACUUAAAGUCCAGAACUUGUACACCAUCAUCUCCAGAGUUUGUUAUCGGGACCUGGUGUUUUUCACAAAUGACUGUGAGGCUAUUGAUACUGGACACAGUAUCCCUCACUAUGCAGAGGACAGGCUCCAGCUGCUGCAGGAGGAGCGAUGAGCAACACACAUUGGUCACUUACAUUCAUAAAAACAUGAGCAAUAUGUAGAGUGGUAAAGCAUGUACAACACACACCACAGCCUGUACUGCAUUAGAAGCAUCAUAAGCAAUACACGCAGUGCUGUUUCAUGUCUUACCUAGUUGACUCUGUGUUCGCUGCAGACUCAUGUUAGGGGAAAUGUGUGGCUACAUUCCAGCAAGGAGUGCAGAACUUUCCACAGGAAAUUUGCUGAAUGCCAACCAUGCCGAUGAAAACCUUGAAAUAAUAAACCAAUAAGAGAUGCUUGUGAGCAGGGCUUAACCGUUGCUUACUUACCAGGGCUGAUCAAAGCUUCAUGUGUAAUUAAGAGAAAUAUGUUGUGUUUCCAUAACCCCUGGUCCGACUAAGAUGUCUUAAAGGAGCACUAUCCAGCAUUUUGUAAACGUGAAGAGUUGAACAGGGUGGUUGAAAAUGUUAUGUAAGAAAUAGAUGUCCCAAGCGUUGCUUUCUCGCACUCGGUUUAUAUGGUGUGUUCCUUCAGACUUUUCUCACGUAGAAAGUUUUUAAAAAACUUUUAUACCAAAGAAAUUACGACAAUGCUGCUGCUUGUAUUCAGUAUUUUCUAAUGGCCGUAAGCAAACCCGAUAUAAAAUAAUAGAGCCCUCACUGUCAUAGACAUAUUAGAAACGUGCCUGUUUUAAUGUAUACUUAAUGACAUUAUACAUAUAUAUGUCCCUCAUUAUGUAAUAAAACAUCUCUUUAUGUAUCAA